AUGAAUAAUACUUGCAAGUAUUUAUAUCGAAAUGUAAUAAAAUCAUGCAAUAAAACUUUUAAUAAAGAUGUAGAAGCUAAAAUAAAUGUAUUAAAUGGAAUAAAAAAUAUAAUAAGACAAAAUUUAAAGACUGCAGAAGAAAAAGAUAUAAAACAGCAACUAAUUGAAGCUAACGAUUUUAUUAAAGACCAUAUUAUUCAAGCAGUUUAUAAUAACUCUACUGGAAAUUAUAAAGUUCAUAUAAACGAAGAUCAAGUAAAAAAGGGAUCAAUAACAUUAGGAACGAAAAAUGAAAAAAAAAUUCCCUUUAAAUAA